GAAGAAGCCAGACAAAGUAGACAAGCGGCACACAGCCUUUCCACCAUAAGUAACCGGUACGACGCAAGGAAUACCUGCUGGUGCUGCAAAAGGCGUGGGCACCAGCGUUACCAUUGUCACUACCCACGGCGACUGUUCUGUUCCCGUUGCGGUCAAGACGGAACUUUCUCCAGAAACUGCCCAUGCCCCAAAUCAAUCAAUACCGCGCCACCCAUCGCCCAAGCCACUACAGUGCAAUCCGAAUGGAGAAGUAUCGACGGUCGCUUCUACGCCGACGUCACCAUCUAGGGCCUACACGUACGAGCACUGGUGGACACCGGAGCCACUCUAACAUACGUAGACGACAGCACGCGCGUGCAUUUAGAGCGACUCAACAUCCGACCUCAGCCUAAUAAGCGGAACGUCCAACUCGCGGAUCAGACAUGCGUUGCCAGUACACACACCUACCCCGUCAGAAUCAAAUACCGUUAGCCAAGAAGUCUCGGCCAUAUACCGCCUUCACCGUCCCCGGCCGAGGACUUUUUCAAUGGAAGAUAAUGCCCUUCGGACUACACUCCGCCCCAGCCACCUUCCAGCGCGCCCUCGACUCUAUACUCGGCCCGGAAUUGCAAUCAAAAGUGUUCGCCUAUUUAGACGAUAUCAUCGUGCUAGGCGAAACGUUCACCGAACAUAUGACCUACUUACGCGAAGUCUUUCAUAGACUUCAGAACCACAAAAUGCAAACCAACUUCGAGAAAUGCAGUUUUGUACAACAAAAACUGCAUUACUUGGGACACAUCGUUAGCUCUGAAGGGAUACACACCGACCCUGGAAAAGUAGCCGCGGUACGGGAAGUGACCGCGCCCCGAACCAUCAAGGAGCUUCGCCGCUUCCUCGGACUUGCCUCCUGUUACCGCCGCUUCAUCGCUAACUUCUCCACACUCGCGGUGCCCCUCAACCAGUUACUCAAAAAGAACCAAACUUGGACAUGGGGCGAAUCACAGAACAACGCAUUCGAGGCACUCAAGGGAAAACUUACCUCCGCACCAAUACUCUGCUGCCCAGACUUCAACUGACCAUUUUUUCUACAAACCGACGCUAGCGGAGAAGGACUCGGCGUGGUCUUAUUUCAGCGCCAUUCGGAUCAAGAGAAGAUUGUGGCCUAUGCCA